GAUAUUUCUAUUUGGUGGAUUUUGGGAUUGACUGACGACGAUGACGGAUAUUCGACGGAGGAGGUUUCAAGAAAGAACAGACUUUAGAAAUGGUUUCCAGAACGAUAAUUCUAGUGUGAACGGAGGAAUGUACACAGGUCAAGGGUUCUCUUCCCAGCGCAAGUGGGAUACAAGGAAUAACUAUGUCUCAGGAGCGCAGAACAAAGCCAGAGGCGUGAACGGGAAGAACAACUCGCAGACGUUGAUACCCGUAGAGUGGACACCUGAAUUAGUCGACAGGUUGCCGAAGUUUGAGAAGAAUUUUUAUGUAGAACAUCCCCAAGUCAGCAAACGCUCAGAGGCUGAAGUACGUGCUUUUCGCGAGGAGCAAGAAAUUACCACCGAAGGGGAAAAUGUUCCGAGACCAGUAGUCAGUUUCGAAGAGGCAUCGUUUCCAGACUAUGUAUUGGAGCAAAUAAGAAGGUGCGGUUUCAAGGCACCCACUGCCAUUCAAGCACAAGCCUGGCCUAUUGCGUUGAAAGGAAGAGACCUCAUUGCAGUGGCUGAGACUGGCUCUGGAAAGACUUGUGGCUAUCUCUUGCCCGCCAUCGUGCAUAUCAAUGCACAGCCUUAUUUAUCUCCCGGCGAUGGACCAAUUGUUUUGGUUUUAGCUCCAACUAGAGAAUUGGCGGUUCAGAUACAACAGGAAGCUACACGGUUUGGUGCCUCUUCCAGAAUCAAAAACACCUGCGUGUAUGGUGGUGUUUCUAGAGGUCCUCAAGCACGAGACUUAUCACGAGGAGUAGAAAUUGUGAUAGCUACCCCAGGUCGAUUAAUCGAUUUUCUUGAAAGUGGUCGUACCAAUUUGAAAAGAGUUACUUAUGUGGUUCUUGAUGAAGCGGAUAGAAUGUUAGAUAUGGGUUUUGAGCCACAAUUGAGACAAAUAAUAUCUCAAGUACGACCUGACCGUCAAACCCUAAUGUUUACGGCAACUUGGCCGAAAGAAGUUCGAGAGAUUGCUCACGAGUUUUUGAGAAGAGAUCAUAUCAGAGUGACCAUAGGUACUCUCGACCUCACGGCCAAUAAGAAUAUCGACCAAACUAUAGAAGUUUGCGAGGAAAGUGACAAACCUUUGAGGUUAUCAAAGUUGCUUGAGAAGGUAAUGAAUGGCGGUAGAAUAUUGAUAUUUACAGAGACGAAGAAGAAAGCAGAUGAAUUGACACGUUCACUUCGUGGAAAUGGCUGGCCAGCUUUGGCUGUUCACGGAGAUAAGUCUCAACAAGAGCGUGAUUGGGUUUUAUCACAAUUUCGUUCCGGUAAACAACCCUUAAUGGUUGCUACGGACGUAGCAGCGCGUGGUUUGGGUAAGUAUAGUAUCCUUGUGGUGUAUAGUGUUUGGUUGGGCACAUCCGCCUGUUUUAUUUGUGCCAUAGUGUUCUGUGUCAGUAUUGCUCGCUCAAUACCGGGUAUAGGAGAGACAGAUUCUAUGCUGCCUUGUUUGUGUUUCGCAAUAGAUAUAGUGAGUGAAGGAUUUAUGCUUUCGAACCAUAGACGAUGGAAGAAACGACUUUUUGGAAUAGAUCCAAAUCUACUACGAUUGUGUUAUUUUUUGUUUGGAGGACCAAGGUGCGACUUUUUGCUUUUUACAGUAAAGAGUCUUUCUAGCCUUGAUUCUCCUGCAUGAUUGUCCAAAGCCGUUUUCUUCGCAUCCCUAUUUGUCUG